GUAUUUCCAAAGAACAUAUCUCUAUCACUUAAGCACGUAUGUCUAGGAAUACUGGUUGUUCAAACAUCAUCUAUGGUCCUCACGAUGCGUUACUCAAGAACACAUGGAGAAAUGUAUAUUGCUUCUACAGCAGUGGUAUUCUCGGAAAUCUUUAAGAUCCUGGCAUGUUUAGCUAUUAUUUUUCAUGGAUCACACUAUCGAUGGUCGUAUUUCGUGGGACAAGUAAGGGAAGAGAUUUUAGGUAAACCAUGGGAGAACUUAAAGCUGGCUGUGCCCUCUGGGCUGUACACAAUUCAAAACAAUCUCCUGUUCCUCGCUCUUUCUAAUUUGGAUGCUGCCACGUACCAGGUUUGAAACAAAAAAUAUUUAAUUAAUAAAUUCGUUUAUCUAUUAAGUGUUGUAGUACGUCCGAAGCAUGUUGUUCUGGUCUAAUAAAAUGGGAACACAAAUCAAAGCAUAUUUAAAAAGAGUCAAUCGCCCCCUGCAAUUGUCACUCGAGUAAAGUUCCCUGUAAUCAAGACUUUCCUGUGCUGUUGAUUUUAUAUUUGUUUUUUCAUUUCAAAAUCCGAAAUUUCAGUUUCAUGCGGAAUCCAGCUGCUAACGAUUUCUCUCUCUUAUGUAUAUAAAAUUAUUAUUAUCAAUAUCAUCACCCAUUCCUUCUCUCUGUUACACUGGUACCAAACCUUUGGAAUUCUUUAUCUAUUGAUGUUAAGAAAAUCAAGCCGUUUUGUAGUUUUCAUCAAAAUAUCAAGAAUUUUAUGAUUGAUGGUUACAAUAGUGUUAUUAAUUCCUGAAGAUUUAUGAUUAUAUUAUCUUUAACUACUAGUUAAUUACUGACAUAAUACUUUUUAUCUAAAACAGCUAUUUUGUCACUAUUAUUCCUUCUACUUGUAUUCUUGUUUUGGGUCACCUACUCGGUUAGUUCUACGAACUAUUUAGGUGUCCCAAUCUCUGCACAAUGAACCUAAAAUUAAAAAAAUUCUUUUCCUUCUUCACAAUGUUUUAUUUUUAUAUUUAAAAGCACUGAAUUGUAUUAUAUUCUUUGUGAGUUUAAAUAAAAAUUGAUUUGACUUGACCCUAUUUCAAACAUUCAGAUAGUGGGGUGCAGGCAAGAAAUAGGCUGAAAAAACAAUGAGGGGAGACUGGAAGGCCAGUUGAUUGACUUACUGAAUGGGCCAUUUGCAUGAUGGCAUCACGUUACUACUACUACCAGAAUCCUUCAGGGUAUUGCUUUCUUGUGUAAAUUAGGGCUUUUGUUAUUUAAACCUUGCUCGGAUUACUAAAUUUAAAUAUGAAAAAAAAAGAUGAAAAUGGAUAAAAAGGAAAAAAAAGACGUCAUCCUAUUGAGUUUAAGGAGAUUGAAACAAUUAAAAAUUAAUUGGAAUAUCAAUAAUCACUACAAAAGUGGGGCUAUUGUUUGAGGGUUACCAAAUUGACAAGAAAAGUAUAUAUCAGUUUUCUUACUGUAACUUAUUGUUGCAAUUUCAGGUCACAUAUCAGCUGAAGAUUUUAACCACGGCAUUGUUCUCUGUUUGUAUGCUUCAUAAGAAAUUAAGCAUUUUGAAGUGGAUUUCUCUCCUUCUUCUUAUGGGUGGAGUUACAUUAGUUCAGGUGAGGAGUUACAUGUAGUGGUAUACAUCAAACACCGCAGCCANAUAUCAGCUGAAGAUUUUAACCACGGCAUUGUUCUCUGUUUGUAUGCUUCAUAAGAAAUUAAGCAUUUUGAAGUGGAUUUCUCUCCUUCUUCUUAUGGGUGGAGUUACAUUAGUUCAGGUGAGGAGUUACAUGUAGUGGUAUACAUCAAACACCGCAGCCAAGCGUUUGAGUCAUAAUUUUACCUCUGGAUUAGAAUCAAAGAUAGGAUAAUCGCAGUGUUUUGAAUAUUAACAGUCACUUGCUUGAGAGAGUUUUUAGAUAUCAUAAGUUUGUUCCUGUGAAGUCAGUGAGAGGUGAGUGCUAGCUGAUGCAAGAUUUCUGUGAUUUUUGUCAUUUUGAUUCACAGUUUUCAAAUUUUUUUUUAAUCCAAUUCAAAGUUUUCUCCCACAUUGUAAGUGUAAUCCUUUAGUUUCAUCAUCAGCACUAUACUACUGUUUUUACUCUAGUGUUUGUGCUUUCGCCUAUUUUUCUUUUCUUUUCCUUAAUUCCUUCAUGUAAAGACAUUUUGUAAAUCAACCUUGUUAAUAUAUUUUUUAAUUUUUGCUUUUAAUAACAAUCUUUAUUAGUGGAGAACAGAUAAAGGAAAAGAGAAUACUGGUAAAGAGCUGUCCCUGUCAGGACAGUUUGUUGGUUUACUGGCAGUCUUAACAGCUUGCUGUUCCAGUGGUUUUGCUGGUGUUUACUUUGAAAAAAUUUUAAAAGGAACUAAAUCAUCUAUUUGGAUGAGAAAUGUCCAGUUAGGUAAAGUAUCGUUUAAAAUCUGUUGUUAGUGGUUCAUUCCCUAAAAUGUUGAUGCGACAAUAUAUCUAGAACAUGUUAUCGAUAGUGGGUGGUUAUCAUUUUGAAUACUAAACUAUAAACGUUUAUUACUGUGAAACUCACAAAACCAUGAACACCAGAAAUAUUUAUGGAAUGUUAUUGUAUUCCGAGAAAUAAGCCAGUAUAAAGGUGCGUGAUAACUAAACUGCGAACAGCAAUGGUACUUAAAUUGUGGUUUUGAGGUUUGCUUGCUUAUCCUGAACUUUAUUGUGAUUGGCCAGUACACAAUCAACAUUCCUGAAAUUUUUCAGGUGUUCACGGUCUUCUGAGUUUGACAGUAAUAAUAUAUUGUAAAUGAAUACGAAAGGAAAAAGGGUUGCCAAAUAAAUUCAUCUGCUGUGUAAAGUCAAGAAAACAAUUUUUUCGAGCAAAUUUUUGUGGUGAGGCUGUUGGGACACUUUAUACCUCCUUCAAUCUACUCUACAUGACAAUAUACAGCCUUGUUUCCUCACCUUGGCUCUAGUUACCAAGGUCAUGAGGGUUACUAUUGUUAUUGGCCUUGUCCCCAGUGGCCAAAGUGAUGGUGUGAACAAGACAGACUGAUGAGCUGUUGGAAAUUUGGGAAAAACAAUUUUAAUUUUCUUUUACAAUUUCUAGAAAGAAUCUUGAUUUAUAAUUUAUUGAAUAGAAAAAAAGUUUGGCCAUAGCAUGAACAGUACGUCCCAAACUGAAAAAUCUUUGGCAUAAUUUUCCCAAUGAACAGUAUCACACGAUAAAAUUUAAAGCCUAAUCAUAACUGAAAUAUGAUGCUUUUUUGUUUACAGGAGCUUUUGGUGUAGUAUUUGGCUUGAUAGCUGUUUUUAUAAAUGAUGGAAAUCAAAUUAGCAAUGGAGGUUUCUUUCAAGGCUAUAACAGUAUGACCUGGAUGGUUAUUUCACUUCAGGUGUUUAUAAUACAGAAAGAUGUGUAUAANAACAGUACGUCCCAAACUGAAAAAUCUUUGGCAUAAUUUUCCCAAUGAACAGUAUCACACGAUAAAAUUUAAAGCCUAAUCAUAACUGAAAUAUGAUGCUUUUUUGUUUACAGGAGCUUUUGGUGUAGUAUUUGGCUUGAUAGCUGUUUUUAUAAAUGAUGGAAAUCAAAUUAGCAAUGGAGGUUUCUUUCAAGGCUAUAACAGUAUGACCUGGAUGGUUAUUUCACUUCAGGUGUUUAUAAUACAGAAAGAUGUGUAUAAUUUGUUUGUGUUUGUGUUUAUUUCUCUUUGGCUUGAAAAUGUACAAUAUUCCAGGUUUACUUUGUUUCAAAAAAUGUUGACAGGUUAACCACGAGAAAAUACAAAUUAAAUUGGUUUGAACCACAAAAAUAUAUCCACACAACUGUAAAUUGUAAUGUCAAUGCAAUAUUUUUUUCUGAAAGAAAAAGCUUUGAUGCAUAUGAAACCAAAACAUUAAUUGGCUGUGAAGUUCUAAAGGUUGAUGUCUCACUUGUUCCUUAUUUUGACCUGUAGGCCUUUGGUGGUUUAGUCGUGGCAGCAGUUGUAAAGUAUGCUGACAAUAUCUUAAAGGGCUUUGCCACCUCAGUCUCUAUAGUGGUGUCGUCUCUUGUCUCAUUUUAUUUCCUUGGGGACUUUCAGCCGACAAAGUGAGUUUACAAUUAUAACAUACUACAUUAUUUUGUAACUGCUAAAUAUAGCUUUUAUUUGCUUUGACCCAUCCUCUUACUCGCUGUUGCUUUCUUUUUCACCAUGUUCUUUAGGUCUCAAUUGUUAAAUGUUUAGGGAUAUUUUGCUGGUUGUGGGGUACUCUAAUGUAUUUGUGAUGGAAAAUCCAAAAUAAUAUUUAUAUAAAGUUACCUAACUUUGAAACCCUGAAUUGUCUGGAAGUGAAGUGAAAGGAGCUAUGUUGCCAUAAUUUGAAAAGUACAUGAAGUUAUAAGACUGCACAAAAUCAUCUUAAAACAGAUCUAUAGAAAAGCCAGAAAUAUUAGUCUAUUAAGAUAAAAAAAUAUGAAAUAUAAUUAUUUAGAAGUAAUACUAAGGUACAAAAUAAUUAAGGGUAGGUACGAAUGGGUAAGAUUACCAUGGAUUACAAGCACUUAACUUGAGAAUUCAGCCUAAAUACACAGAAACUGUGAUGUACCAUAUUUCCUUGAAUAAUAGCUGUCCCUCGAUUAAUCGCCUCCCUCAAAUAAUUGCCCUCCUUUCUUGGAAAUUUUUUAAAAAAUCACCUCCCUCGAAUAAUCACCCCCUCCCCCACCCAUCAUAUCAUCUUCUCUUUCUUUUAUCCCCUCCCUCCCGGUCAUUAUUGAAGUGGAAUGUGACAUGGCAAAACUGAUCAGUGACGAAUCAAGCUCUGAAAAUUAAUCAAGGAACCAAAUUUGGAACAAUGAAAAAGCCCAGGUUCAGUUUAUUUGAUGUGAUUGUUUUUUUAUUUCAUGUGAUGAUAAAACAAAAUACUUCUAAGGGCACGAAUUCCAGUGAGAACCACUUGAAAUAAUCGCCUCCCUCAAAUAAUCGCCCCCAUUUUGUGCGAAGAAAAAAUAAUCACCCCUGGCUAUUAUUCGAGGAAAUAUGGUAACUCCUUCAUAUAAGACCUCAUAUAAAACUAGAGUAAGAUAUAUUUUUUGUAUCAACUCUUAAAAUUUUAGAGAUAGUAAACUUUAUCUUUAAAGAACACAAACACACCCGUUAUAACAAAUGUUUGUUUUCUUUCUCUCUUAGUUUCUUUUUUAUUGGUACAUGUGGUGUUCUAGCGGCUACCUUUCUGUACAGUAUGCCAGAAAAACAUGGAGCACAUUCCACGGUAGUGAAACCUGUGUAG